GACGUUUACAAGCACGCCCUUCAACACACUCGCCCACCACUCUCAGCAUGUCUCUUCUCACGCCACUCCUUCUUUUGAUUUCGUCCCUCGCCCUCGCGUCGCCUCUUCUGCCACGAGCUGUACCCGCCUUCGCCUUCGAUGGCGAUGCGCCUUUCACAGUCAAUGCGGACGGUCUCGCGGCCUCUCUCACAUGUCCAAACGGAAACCCGACCACCAAAUCGCCGCCCGUACUGCUCGUUCACGGCACUGCCACGACCGGGCAAGAGACCUGGGCAGAUGGAUACGUGCCAGCGCUGAAGGCUAAUGGCUACACUGCCUGCUACAUCACGAUUCCAAAUCGGUCCAUGGGCGACAUGCAGGUCAACGCCGAGUACGUGGCCUACAACCUGCACUACCUCUCUUCGCUCUCGGGCGGACUUCCCGUCGCGGUGAUCGCACACAGUCAGGGCAAUCCGAAUGUUCAGUGGUCUUUGCAAUUCUGGCCGAGCACGCGGAAGGUCACCCGGGCCUUCGUCGCUCUGGCGCCUGACUUUAACGGCAUCAACUUGUUUGACAGUGCCCUUUCGGAAGUCUGCAAGACCGGUCUCUGUCAGCCUGCACUCUGGCAGCAAAGUGCCGGCAGUCAGUACUACAAGGCGUUGCAUGCGAACAGGUUUACUGCGCAGGUUCCGACGACUUCGAUUUGGACCAAGUACGACGGCAUUGUUUCUCCCAGCAGCAGAAACGCUCAGCUGCCAGGCGCAACUGUCAUCUCAAUCCAAGAUCUCUGCCCGCUACGACCCACAAUCCAUACCACGAUGACCGUCUCAUCCGCGGCUUACAGUCUAGCACUGGACGCAUUGAACAAUGAAGGCAUUGCGAGCUUGUCCCGCGUGAGGAAGAACGCCUUCAGCAUCUGUCUGCGAGUUUCAGCGAAGAAUAUGAAGUCUUCUGUGGCGGAUGAUCUGACUUCAUUAUUUGACAACCUCGUUAAAGGAUUUAUGUAA